AUGGGUAAAGUGCCUGGAGAGAGAUUUGACCAUACCUCAACCAACCUGAUAACUUCAUUGUUUGUAACAAACGCAUCAAUAGCCAAUCUCUGGAAAAUGGAUAUCCUUGGUAUAAAAGAUCCUAUUGAAUCCAAAUCCAGAAAAGAAAUGGAAGCAGCAGCUGUCGAUUAUUUAGCAAAACUUUUUCAUGAAACGAAAUUGGCCGUUAUGAGGGACAUUGCAGAGAAAAGACUUAUUUCGACAUCUCUGAAGCUCAUACGGGAAGAAAAGUAUAAUGAUCACAAUGCAGUUUUCAAAGAUUGGGAAGAAUCAGGGAUAAUAGAAGUAGUACCCGAAGAAGAACAUCAACGUCUCUCUAUUUACUUGCCUCAUAGAGCCGUUAUAAGGGAGAAUUCUCCAACCAAAAUAAGGCCUGUAUUUGAUGCUUCUUGUCAUGUAAAAGGGCACCUGUCACCGAAUGACUGUUUGGAGAAAGGCCCAAAUCUUCUGCAAGAAAUUCCACCUACAUUAAGGAGAUUCCACAAGGAUACGAUUGGCGUAGUUUCCGACAUCAGAAAGGCAUUUCUCCAGAUAUCUGUUUCAAAUGAAGAUAGCGAUUCUCUCCAUUUUUUGUGGUGGGAGGACUUUGAAAAAAGACAAAUUAUGGUGUUCCGUGUUGUAUUUGAACGUACAUGCAGCCCAUUCCUAUUAGCUGUUGCACUGAAUAACUUGAUAGACUGUUGGUUCGUCAACAGCUGGAAUCUAACACCAUGCGUUUGA